CUCCGAAUCCUCCAAGUGGCGAAUACAUGUUUACCGAUAAGAAUAACUGCCACUUGGAUCGCCGCUCUCACCCUGGCGUCGAAUGUGAAGAACGAACUGCGGAUGAACCAUCUUUCAAUAACAUCCGCCCUCGGCCAGAUCUUUACCCUCCAACGUUGUCUAAAAGGUUGUCAGCGUAUCCUCCGGCUGAUGGCGAGGGAUGAUGGGCUCCCCAAAUUGACAGCACUGCGCAGCGUGUGAAAGACCAGUCCCAACCUCUCCCAACCUUACAUCCUUCUCGAACAUGCCCACUCUUCCUCAUCAGCUUCCCGUUUUUCGUUCAAGCAAGCCGCCCUUCACAAGCUACCCUCCCUUUCGCUACAUGCACCACACUUCCUUCACCGCUCGCCGGACAACCCUCCGACGGCACUCCUACAAGCACUGCGAAAACUCCGCUCAUUCUCCAAGCCUUGCAGCCGUCGCGUCCUUUUCCUCUACUGCAUGGUUACAGCGGAAUGCCAACUCCGCACAUAGUCACAGCUUGCCUCCGGUCGCCAAGCACUCUCAACCCACCAAGACGGGUAUAGACGUGCGGGAAUGGUUCUAUCAUAUCGAUGUGCACGGCCAGCUAUUCCUACACGGGACCCGAACCAGGAACUUUACCACAUGCUUCAAAGAUCCCAAAUUCCUCGACUUUUUCUUCUCCCGACUCCAGCUCUGGCCCCCGUCCGCAAACCACGGUCAUGCCAAACCACGUUCUCCACCGCCAGACGUGUGUGCCGAUGAAUACCUUUUCGCCAGUCCGUGCGGCCGCGAGAUGAAUUGGGUUGCAGUUGAAGACUCCCCCAUAGUGUUUCACAGCAUUGUCAGAGACGGAGGCUCGCCCAAGACGCAGUAUGAGCCGCAGGUGUAUUUGCAGUAUGCAGGAAAUCUUCGGCUACCAUUCGACCCGGAUGCACUCUACAUGUCUGAACGGACCGGCCGACUCUAUCACUCCUUGCUGCCGAGGGGCAUACAUGACAUUGCCGGUCUGACGACACUACCUCCACCGAAAUGGAUGCUUCCGCCUCGGCCCGCCACUAAAUUUGUACAAUUACCACGGGCCCAUCUGGCGGGGUUACCGCCCUUGGGACUGAUACGUUCCUCGUUAGUGCUUUCCCAUUUUGCGCCCUGUAUAGAUUUCAGCACGCUGUGCCUUCGGAGCUUUCCGCCUGUUGGUCCUGGCGAUGCGGUGGGGAAUUCAGGCAUUUUGCCAGGGAAGGAGAAGGCGACGCAUCAGAUCACAACCAUCGCGGACGAAAUCAUGGAUGCGGACUAGCUGCUCCUGGCCGUCUUGAGGAGAUUUAGUAGCAAACGGGUCGCUUCGCCAGUUUUAAUGGGACAGACUCUUCACCCGUUGGACGGCAUCGGCGUUCCGAUGGAGGUUGCGCUGGCACGCGUCCAGCGACGGAGGGGAAGGAAGCGCUUACCCGCGCAACAUCAGAAAACUAUCUCAACAACCAAGAC